GUGUGUAUGUGUCCGUGUGCACCUGCAGACACAAUCAUAGAGCUGCCUUGCUUACCGGGCAGAUAGCAGUCGCAGCCGGACCCACAAACAAACCGAUAGCUUACCUGAGUCAUGGAUGCAGAGAAGUCCCCCCAAGGUGCGCAGAUUCUGGACAUCGGCUCAAACUCGCCCCCUUGUGAGCCUAAAGGUGCGCAGGAGACCGGACAGCUGGAGAAGCCGCCGUAUUCAUACGUGGCUCUCAUCGCCAUGGCCAUCAAGGACAGCGAGAACAAGAGACAGACUCUGAGCGGGAUCUAUCAGUAUAUAGUGUCCAAGUUCCCCUACUACGAGAGGAACAAGAAAGGCUGGCAAAACAGCAUAAGACACAAUUUGUCUCUCAACGAGUGCUUCGUCAAGGUGCCCAGGGACAGCGGAGGGGACAGAAAGGGCAACUACUGGAUGCUGGACCCCGCAUUUCAGGACAUGUUUGAGAAGGGAAACUUCCGACGGCGGAGGAGGGUGCGGAGACCCUACAGACCCCCGAGUGUGCCUUACCUGGGCGGGAAUCCCGUGGAGUACUCUGAGUCGCUCUACCUGCAGCCUUACGUGAGCAGCUCCUGGAGCAUGUGCCAGCCCGGCUCGACCCCACCGACGGGAUAUGCGUCAGCUACGGUCAGCACGGGACACAGCCGCAGCGUGUCCCCGGGCACCUCCAUGACCUCCUACUGCACCCCUCCUCCCCACUUUCACCAUCCUCACUACGGCGCUUACUGCCGCCACCCGCCCGUGCUGGUCCCCCACAACGGGUAUCCUUACGGCGGGGUGACCCAACCGAUGAGCCCGGAUGGAGGCACCGUUUCCGUGGCUUGCAGCUACCAGCAGUUCACCUCCUACGGCAGGCCAGCGGACCCAGCCCUGGCUUAUUUAAUGGACCAGUAGGACUUUUGAGUUAUUUUGUGCUUUGAUGGCAAGUUCACAUCUGAGUUCGCCUCUCACCAUUUCAGUUCGGCUGUCACUGGUUUGUCAGGUACUUGGUUUAGUUUGGCAGUUUCAUAUGUCUGUUAUAAAUAAUGCUGUUGAUGAUUUUGUUUGUAUAGAUUUUGUACAGUUUUUAUAAAGUUUGGGUUUUUGUAAGAAUUACAGACGGCAGGUCUACCAUAUACCAUGUCAUUUUACUUCAAACGUGCCCCCAUCAAGUGUAAACGGCAGGAAGACAGCUGAUCUAAGUCUGAGGUUUGAGGUUUGCAUUUUUAUUUUGUAAUUUUUUUUUACUGCGGGUUAUAGGCUUACAAAUAAGCAAACUUUUGUUCUUUUUCUCUGUUUUUUUAUAUUGGUAUAUAAUUUUGAAUAGGCCUGUACGUUUGCUGUAACGUUAUUUAUUUGUUUUCUCCGGAUUUAUCCAAAUGUGUGAGCUGCUAUAAAAGAUGAAUGACAUUCAAGCACUGACCCGUUUUCUCAUUCGAUUGUGAAUGUUUGUUUGAUGUAAAAUACAUCACGUUUGUUCAAAUAAAGUUAUU